AUGAGAUUGCGAUUGGCCGCUGAAGCUGCGGGUCCGGUUGCCAGCAGACGAACGGGGAAGAAAAAGGUACCUCUUUUGCCGCCUCUACUCCCCCUCCCCCUUCUCCCAUUCCAUCGUCUUUUCCCACGUCGGCGGACCUACUAUGCAGGACUCUCACAUCUCUCUACGUUUUAUUAUUGAGGGAAUAUUAAAUAUGAAAUAUUAAAAAUAUUUAAAUAGGCCUGGGCUGAUCAGAUUCUUCGAAACUUUUGUUGAGUGCAGACGCUUCCUGAGCUCAAGAUCAUGGAGGAGUCUCUGCUGCGAGACCGGGUGGAGCUCCGGAAGGUGGGUUAUGAGUUUAUCUCUUUCUCUCACUCUCCAUCCUCCAAAUCCUGAAAAAUAUUGACCAUGGGUUCCCGGGUCAACAGGCGCUGGAGGAACAGAAGAAGAUUUUAGUCGUACUCCGUGAGGAGAAUCUGAAGAUAACGAAACUGAAGGUGACUUGCCCAUCACCUUUCCCCCCUCUCCCUGUUCCCCAGAUCUCCCGGCUAUUGAUGUUAUGUAGUGCAGUGGAGUCAAUCUAUAGGAGGAAAUAUAUGAUCUUUAGAUAUGGGUGUUUUCCAAUUCUGUCAGAUUAUAAUCCUAGCUGUUCUUGUCGUGCAGUCGGACUUAGCAGAAGCUGAGAGAUCUAAAAACCCCCAGUGGAACCCGGGGGCUCGUCAGACGGUGGAGGACGAUGUGAGUGGGCGGCAGGGCUUUCUGAUCGACCUCAAUUGCACGCCCGAGGAAGAAGAUCAGUAG